CCACGACCGGAUUCGGGAAGGACGCGUUCGAAACGUGCGUGGUGCGUGGCGUUGCGUGCGCGCGUGCGAGAAAGAGAGAGAGAUUGUUUUUAAGCGCCGUUAAGACGCCACCCUUGGCGAGCAGUGCUGCCAGCGCUUAAUGCUGUGGCGGCGGUUUUGAAAGGUUAGACCCUUAAAGAAACCUCUCUGUUCUGGUGCCGCGACGAUUUGGUUUGUGGAUUUCCCCGUGGAUACACUGGCGAGUCGCGGUCUAACCUGUAUUCGUUUUGAAACGCCCGCGGUGUGCGGUGCGGCACACGGCGGUAAUCUGACCAUUCAUCCCACGUGUUUCCUAUCCUUCCUUAUCUUGAUUGGAAGCUGAAGCCACGAGAGUGACGGAAGAUAAGAGUGACAGUUUGCCUGACUACCGGCCGGCGGACCAUCUACAUCCUUCAAAAUGACCGGUGGUAAGGGGUCCGAAACACUUUUGCCCAGGGAAUCUGCAGAGCUCAUAGCAACUCGGGCUAAACAUGUGUCGAUUAAAGAGGCUGGGGUAGAAGCCCUGGCUCGCAAGAUAUUCGAGAAGUUGGAAGACAAGACCAUCAGUAUUGAUAUGUUUUCUCAACACGAGUUACAUCCACCUUCAUCUGACCCAUCCGCCGUUGAUUGGAUUUUUGUCGUAGACACCCUUAAUUUUUGCUUUUGGGCACCAAAUUCCGCACACUACAGUGUUACUCAUAAGGGCAAACGAUAUACUGGAUAUUUUGCCUUGUGUGCAGCAUUAAAUCGAGCCAAGGAUAAUGGAAAAGCUGUGACAGAUCCAAAAUUCUAUUCACAAUUGACAGCGAAAGAUGUCACAGAACUGCUCCAAGGAGACGAUGACAGUGCCCCGUUGGCAUUGGUGGAAGAGCGAGCAGAAUGUUUACGACAAGUUGGCACUUGUUUGCUCGAGAAAUAUGAUGGCUCAUUUGUGAACUGUGUGAAAGCUGCCAAGGGCUCUGCCAAAGUGUUGUUAAAUCUGGUGGUGACUGAGUUUCCUUGCUUCAGAGAUGUAGGAACCUUUGAGGAAUCACAGGUUUCCUUCUACAAAAGAGCUCAAAUUCUAAUUGGAGAUGUGUGGGCAUGUUUCAAGGGAAAAGAUCUUGGUUCUUUCUCUGAUAUUGAUGAUAUAACAAUGUUUGCAGACUACAGAGUACCCCAAGUCCUGGUACACUUUGGGGUAAUGGAGUACUCAUCUCACUUGCAAAGCAUGCUGGAAAAAGAUGUAAUUAUGGACGUCGGCUGUCAAGAGGAAAUGGAAAUUAGGGGUUGUUCUAUUCAUGCUGUUGAGUUAUUGUGGGCUGCAGUCAAAUCACUGCUCGCCAGUGCAAAGAAGGAACAUCUGUAUCAGAUUAACCCUAUAAUUAUUGACCAUUUCUUGUGGGACUUCAGAAGGCAGUAUGCAACUGAGUUAUCAAUCAUACCAUUCCACAAAGUUGUGUCUAUAUACUAUUAGUUUGUGGAUGUAAGUCAUGUAUAAGCUCUGAGGGGAAAAAUAAAAAGAUCCUUUUGAUUCACA